AUGGAAAACGAGAACGGGAGCGUGCCAGGAGGAGGCGGUGCAGGCAGUCCGAAGUCGUCGCCUUCCGGCGCUGCAUCGUCGGCUAUGGGGAAGGCCGGCAAGGGCGUGAGCAACGCGUCGCUGUCGCCGUCUCUCGCUGCCGUGGCCGCUGGGGGCGCCGGCGCCAACAGUCCCCAAGUCGACCUCGCCCUCGCCCAGAAAGCGCCGGUCGCCGCGGCCGCCGCAGGGACCGCCGGCUCCUCGAGCGCCGAGACGCUGUCGCCCCCCGGCGUCGCCACCCCCGCAGGCGCCGGCGUGGCAGUGGCCGCCAAGGCCCCCGGAGCCGCAGGCGCGACCCCCGGCAACAACCCCAUGGCCUCGCCAUCCGCGAUUGUCUCCGGGCCUGCAGGCGCCGCCGCGCACCAGCCGGGCGCGAGCGCGGGUAACACGGCCAUGAGCGCGAUGUCGCCUGGCGCUGUGCAAAACAACGCAGCGACGCCGCUCACGCAGCCGCUCCCGCACAACGCGCCGCCAGUCGAGAUCAAGUUGUUUGUCGGACGCGUCCCGCCCACGAUGGAAGACGACGCCCUCAGGCCGAUUUUCGAAGACUUCGGGGACGUCCGCGAAGUCUAUGUCAUCCGGGACCGAAACACGCAAAAACACAAAAACAGCGCAUUCGUCAAAAUGGCCUCUCUGGCUGCUGCAGACGCGUGCAUUCGCGCGUUGCAUAGCAACCGCAUUUUAGAUCAGGCGCUGGGGCCGAUCAUUGUGAAGUACGCGACGGGCGAGGCGGAGCGUCUGGGGAUGAACAGCUUGGGCAUGGGCGGCGAGGGCGGUGGCGGAGUCGACCAGGCGAAGUUGUUUGUAGGGAGUAUCCCGCGCACGAUGAGCGAGGACGAGCUGCGCCUCUUCUUCCAGACCUACGGCACGGUGGAGGAAGUCUUUGUGAUGCGCGACAGCAGCACCGGGACGGGCCGUGGCUGCGCGUUUGUCAAGUUUAAGUACAAGGAGGAAGGCCUCCACGCGAUGCGAAUCCUGAACGGCAAACACGUCUUCGAGGGCUGCACACGCCCCGUCGAAGUCCGCUUCGCCGAAAGCAAGGCCCAGAGGCAGCAGCACGUGACCGGCGGCCAGCACGGUUUGGGCGGCUGGGGGGGUUUGAGCGGCGGGAUGAUGGCACAGGGCCUGUCGGGCUCGGGAGGCAUGGGCGGCCGAACCAGUUUGUCGGGCAGCAACGCCAACCCGCGGCAGGCGGGUCAGUGGAAAGAGUACUUUGCACCUGACGGGCGACCCUAUUACCACAAUGAGUACGCGAGUGUGACGACGUGGGAGCGCCCGCCCGAGUUUGAUCACCUGCCUCCACUGGCGAGUUUGACGCUGGGCGCGGUCAGUCAGGCCGUCUUUUGCGCGGGUGGCGGCGCGAUCGGGGGCAUGCAUGGCUCGCACAGCAGCGGCGGCGCGGUGGGCGGCUCCGAGGCAGCCGGCCCUCCGGGCGCGAACGUGUUUGUGUUUCACAUCCCGAACGAGUGGACAAAGACGGACUUGAUUCAGACCUUCUCGAGCUUCGGCAGCAUCGUCUCCUGCCACAUUCCGGUCGACAAGCUCAGCCACCGAAACCGAGGCUACGCCUUCGUCAGCUACGACAACAUCCAGAGCGCCGCGAACGCAGUCAAUCACAUGAACGGCUGCCUGGCGAUGAACAAGCGCCUGAACGUCUCCAUCAAAAAGGGUGAGGAGCACCACGUCCAGCACCUCCUCUCCGCGGCGGCCACGCACCCGCACGCGGCUCACGGCCACCUCCACGGCGGACAGCCCCAGGGCGGCGCCGGGGGCCAGCCUCAGGGCGCGGGCGCGGCGGCGCACCACCACGGAGCCCAUCCCCACCUCGCGGGCGCGACGCCCGCGGCGAUGAAGAACCACGGCGUCUCCGCGGCCAGCAUGCACGCGCACCCUCACGGCGCCGCCGCGCCUCAGCAGCAGGGCGCCGGCGUCAAUAACGCGGCAGCCGCAAUGUCUGGAGUCGCCGGCAUGGUCGGUCUCGGGAACCCGCUGCAGACUGGCGCCCAGAACGCCCCGGCCGGGCAGGGCGGCGCGAGGGCGCAGGGAGGCGCGGGCGCGGCGCAGCAGGCUGGCGCGGGCGCGAGCGCCCACGGACACCCGCACACCCUGUCGUCGCACCUCCAGCUCGCAGCCGUCGGCUCGCUCGCCGCGGCGGCGGCCGGUGCCGGCAGCAGCGGCGCCAUGAUGAGCAACGCGAACCCGCAGAUGAGCGGAGGCGUCUGCGCUGGCGCCGUCCAGGCGCGCGGCGCCGGGGCGGCAGGGACCCAGCAGGCCUUUGCGGCCCCGGGGGGGGGAGCACAGCAGCAGACCUGGGGCGCGGGCCCCGCGCCCCCGCCCCAAGCGGCGUACGGCGCUGCCGCGGGUCAGCGCUUCAACGCGUACUAA